CAAGGUGUCAUCGUUUGUGUUGCCAAAAAGCUUGACCUGACCUUGUCGUUUUCCUCAUAAUACAGUAUGACAUCAGCAGGGCGGAGCUGUCAAUGGAACUGUCAAAAUCAGUAGUUCUUACGCCCCCGCCGCGUCGAAAAUCUUCAUCUCUCGAACUUUCGGAAGUCUACAUAACCUCAUCUUCGGAUUUCACUAUCAUCGUUUACUUCGGAACUCAACAUCCAUACCCUACUUCGGAUCUCUAUCAUCGAACUCAACAUCGGAUUUCCACUCAUCGUAAAGCAUCGUCAAGCUUCUAACUCACGAUCAACAGAAUUGUUCAUUAUAUCAUCGACAUGCUAGAUAUCAUCAUCUCUAUACUCUUCUGCAUCAUCGAAUCCCUCAUUCGAGGCACCGUUGCUAACAUCGCUUCGCCGCUGUUGAGCGUUUAUGACACGAUGUCGAACAAACUCUCGUCGGCCUUCUCUGCGGCUCUUUGCAUUGUCGGAGGGCCGGGGCCCCUCGAACCCCACCUUCCGCACCGCGACCGAGCUAUUCUUGUCACCGGGACCAGUGCCGGCAUCGGCCGCCAGGCCGCAUGGGCACUAGCGUCCCAGGGAUACACGGUCUUCGCCGGGGUGCGAAAAUUGAGGGAGGGUCAAGAACUACGCCAUGAAUUUCUCAAUGCUCAGUUUCGGGAAAAUAUAGUCGCGGGACCAUGUCCCAUUGGCGAAAUUAUUCCGGUCGUCUUAGAAGUAACAGACAAAAUGUCUAUCUUAACGGCCAAGAAUACGAUUGAGAACGUUCUCCGCGGCCGUGGCGGCAAGCUUGUUGGCGUGAUAAAUGUCGCCGGGUUGAUUUUUCUAUCACCUCUUGAAACGACGGAUAGCAGCGAGGUUCGCCGUAUAUUCGAUGUCAAUUUCUUUGGCGUGCUGGACGUCGCGCGGACGUUCUUGCCUUUGCUCAAGAAAUCGCGCGGUCGCAUCGUGAAUGUUGGUUCUGCGGCGUCGUUCCUCGUUGCUCCUGCGGCUGGGAUCUACUCCGCCAGCAAGUCAGCCAUUGGAUCGGCCACUGAAGCUUUGCGUAUGGAGCUUGCAAACUCCCAUGUCGGCGUGUCAUUGAUUGAACCAGGUGCUAUUCGUACCAGAGCAUGGGACGUGGCGGUCAACACCUUACCCAAGUACAAUGCUGAUCUCCAGAACGGAACAGCCGGAGCCAGUUCCGGGAUUGGCUCAGACGGCGUUUACACGAAGGCCACAGCAGAACCAUUCCAAAUCGGUGAGCAAGACGCAAUUGGCCCCGACGGCAAUGAUUAUCCACGCAAGGAACGCAAAUACUCGGUAGACUUCGCACAGUGCCACCUCGGCUGCACCAACAGCGGGAACGGCGACGGCGCUCAGGUGUGCAACAGGGAUGCGAGCUUCGGCAUCUUCAGCCAUGAGACUGUAAACAGCAAAAAUACGGAUGGUACGAACGACAAGCAUAUCAGCGGCGGCGCAGGCAAUCUUCAGACCGCGAACGGGAAGAAACCCAAGAAGUCGAAACGAGGUGGUGCGCGGCCCGCCCCCAUUAGAGCAUCAUACGGCAAGCAUCAACCGGAAGCUGAGCCCAAGUGCCCAAUACUGAUCUGCCCGUCAUCGCCUCGGUCGCCUGUGGGCACGUUGGCAGAGUCCGAACAGAACGCGACCAUUCUGUGGUACGCUCCUCUGUUCAACCGACUCGAAAUCGCAUACAAGGCUGGGAUCCUGCUUGCGUUCCCACCUAAGCAUGUGACGCAGCAUGUAGAGCAUGCGCUAAUGUCGCGAUUCCCGCGAGAUCGAUACCUGGCCGGUGCUGAUGCGAAGAUCGCGGACGCGAUCUUGACCUUCGUACCCCAAAAGAUUGUCGAAUUGGCGAUUCGUUGGUUCCUGUGGUGAGGCGGUGGAUUAUUCUCGGUUCCCUGACGCUGUCAUAAUCGUUGCGUUGCGUCACUCUUCAUGACCACUCAUCCGCAAGCGGGUCUCCUCUACAUUGUCGCUCUACAUACAUCUUUUUUCCUUCACAUUUCUUUAUCCCGCACGAAAAGUGAGAACGGGACGGCGCCUGCGGCCCUUUGCGUGCUUCUUUAUGGCUGAAGCAUAUACACAUUUACG